CUCACUCUCUCUCUCUUUCUUACUCUUUUUUUAACCUAAAUGUCCCCUUUGUGUGUGGAGCACAUAAAUACCGGUGCAGAGAGCCUGGAGCUCAGUACAGUCUGAAGCCUCCCUCCUUCUCUCUCUCACCCUCUCUCUCUGGUUCAGUGAAGACUUCCACAGCAGAACUCCAGUCAGCAUGCGGACCCGCACCGCCGCACUUCUCCUCUUCCUCGUUGCCUGCUGUCUGUGGGCCGUGGAGGGGCAGGAUGGGGCCCCUCGGCGCAGCGUCUGGGAUGACCCGGUGACCUUUGUCACCAAGGACAAGGACAGGUGUGCCAUGCAUGUGACGGGCCAGGGCGACAUGACAAACCUGAGGGUAUCGUGCCAGGGCCGCGACCGCUCAUACUGGUGCGACUACCGUGGCAAGCCGCAGAUAUGUCGCUCCUACAACAACAACCCGCGCCACUACUUCACGCAGAUCAUGUGGGACCUGCGCAAGCUGCAGCACGCCUGCCAGGGCCCAGUCACCUACAAGCCCCAGAUGUGUAAAAAGGCGUCCGACGAGGCACGGAUGGUGUUCGUCGGAGCAUCCCCGGACGCUGACGCCGCCACCACCUCCUCGCAGCCGCAGAGGCCCUACCGGCCCACCCAGACUCGCCCAGAGGCCACCAGGCCGUACAGACCCCAGCAGUACAGACCCACCAGGCCGCAGUCAGCCAAACCCACCAAGCCCGACCAAGCCAAAUCAGACCAAGGGAGGCCAUCGCCUCCCAGAACAGAGUCGAGGAACAACAACAACAACCAGCGAAAGCCGUCGACUUCCAAACCAUCGACUCCCUCCCCGACACAGUCAGCGUCAAAGAUGGAAGCCAAGAAGAUAGCUAAAGAUCACUGCUGGAGGUCCCUACAGGGCGUCUGUACCUACGUCAUCGGAUUAUUUCGCAACUAAGAAUUAAGGGUUUCAGGUACAUAUGAAGAGGACUGGAGAAGGCCGAGUAACGGACACCUGGCGUGCUCUCUCCGUCAGGAGGAGGGGUCUAAUUAUGACUGGCAGGGAUUAGCCAGCAUCCACUCCAUCACAAAGCCACUGGUGACAUUUCUAUCAUUUCCGUCACUUUUUUACCUGCCACGAUUUAUGUGCAGAUCUGUGGUAUUGGGGAUACCAUGGUAAUACAGUAUAUUUUCAUUUUGGAAAAGUGAAACCCUUUGAGUACUCCAAUUUGGGUCACUGUGGCAACUGCAAGCAUUCUCUGUAAACCAAAUGCUACUCGGCAGGAGUGGGCUGAUAGUUAUUUUAUGUAUCCUCUUAUUUUCCAUUGUACAGAAUGGCUAUGCUGCGCAUGUGGUGGAGAGGUGUUCAAAUGUUUAGUGAAAGUUGGGCAAAAAAAAAGCGGUCAUACUCCUUGCAGCAUAGCGAAGAUUGGAAAGGGAAACUAUACACUAACCGUAGGGCAUAUGCAACAUCAGUUUGCUCCGGGAAUGUACAAAACUGCGUAAAGCACGGACAAAAAUGUGAUAUGAUUGACAAGUUUAAAGGGGUAUAUUUGGCAAGUGUUACCACUGAGGAGUAAAAUCGAUCGUAUCGAUGUAUACUUGUUACUUGUUUAUGAAAUAAAUCAAUGUGUUCUUAUGUUUUUGUAUGCGUUGUCUUUUCUAAACACGAUUACUGCUUGUUUGCUAUGGUUAGCACAACAGAAGGGAGGGUUGCCGAACAAUGAAAAUUUAAAUAUUUCUGCACAGGCAAUAACGACUUUAUUUAUAACGCCUCAGAGGUAUAUUGUAGCAUUACAAGAAAGGUAAGGAGCAGAAUGUCCAUAAUGAUUGAGUAGCCUAUCCUCAAGCAGUAGAGGGCACUGUACAGCCAUGCGACCCGUUCCAUCCGUCUAUGCCAGUCGUUCUCAAAGUGUGGUCCGCGGACCACUGGUGGUCCGCCAGUGCCCCGUAAUGGUCCGCGA